CUUGCCCGCAGGGAAUAAUGGUGGGACCAGAGGCAUUGACCCCAUCCUGUGUCACUCUCUUGUCUCAAUGAGAGACUGGUCGACGCUGAGGAAAGGUACGCAAAGCGAUGAAGGUGGUCGAGAAGAAAGGCCAACUCAACGAUCGGCGCAUGACUACAAUUAUCAUACAAAUUCGGAGAGUAGCGCUCACCCUCCAUUUGAUCUCCUUUGACCACCACCUUCUCAAACGUUUGUCUUUACGGUAUGCAUGCUAAACCAGCACCGUUUGGUGGUAGAUUGCAGUCAUCUAUCCAGCCUGAUGGCGAUGCUGCGAUCCGUCAAACCGAUUCAGACGCUGCACUUGCCCGAUUCUCAGCCGUCCAGAAACAGUACUUCACCGAUCCGUUCAUAAAACAUCUCCUGGGCCGUGGAUCUCAAUUCCAACCCCCACGACCUCCUCUCAUUAACGUAGGAACAUAUGUGCGCUCGGAAGCCAUCGAUGCCCUAGUCGACCAGUGGCUCGAUCUCUCGCAUGCCGAGGGCAAGAAAUGCCAAAUCGUUAGUCUUGGUGCUGGAAGUGAUACGAGGUUCUGGCGUAUCGCCAUUUGAUGCCAUGUAGGCAGAAUACUCCCCGCAAGGACCUUUUAGCGUCUUAUGUUGAAAUUGAUUUCCCGGAAAUUACAACCAAGAAGGCCAUGUCGAUCCGAAAGAACAAGGACCUGAGUCUACUGCUGGGUAGGCCUGAGGAUGUGAAAUUAGCGCAUGGUGGGACUGCCUUACAUGCACCAGCUUACCAUCUCAUUCCACUGGAUCUACGCUUGCCUCCUGGUCAGGCACUCGGCAAUGCUCUGAACUCAGAUGCCGGCGCGGGUUUACUCUCCCCUAACCUACCCACCCUCUUGCUGUUCGAAUGCGUACUGGUUUACAUGCGACCUGCAGAAUCGGAAGCACUGAUCCAGUGGUUUGUCGACUACUUCUCAGCGGGUGACGAUGGUGCCGUAUUAGGUGCAAUAGUUUACGAGAUGUUUGGGCUGAAUGAUCCUUUCGGAAAAGUCAUGCUAAAUAAUCUCAGGGCAAGAAACGUUGACCUACCAGGUGCGGAGUCUUAUCCGACAUUCGAUUCGCUACUGCAAAGAUUCCUACGACAUGGGUUCGAUGCAUCUCAUGCCCUGACACUUCGCGAGAUUCGAAGGACAUAUAUCAGCCAUCAAGAACUCGAGCGGAUCUCGCAACUCGAGAUGCUCGACGAGAUCGAAGAACUCGAACUCGUGCUUCAGCAUUAUGCUAUCACCUGGGGAGUCAAGCUUUACGAAAGGAACGGUCAGAGCCUCAAAGCCAAUUGGAAAGGUUGGGCAUUACGCGCACCUGAGGACCAACAAUAGGCUGGGCUAUAGUCACUAUGUGAAAGCCUAGUCUUACAAUGUGCUUCAUAACUCUACACUGUCAUAAACCUCGGUGUGAAGUCUUAGCCUUCAAUGUAUUUCAUCACGCAAUGAUUUAUACGACAUGCACAACCGACAGUAACAUAAAACAAGUGAUUCAAUGCCAUCUGUAUAACUGACAUUAUUGCUCCUCUGAUGUUC